CUCUUCCGGCUGCUGAGGCUGGUCCGCGAGACGCAGUGCGAGCUGGAAGUGGUGAAGCCCGUGCUGGACGAGCUGGAGGUGUUGCGUCUGUGCUGCAGCUUCGGCAUGAUGCCGACCGUGAACCCCAUGGAGUUUGAUUUCGACGUGCUGCACGCCAGCGAGUUUGACAAAGAGUUUGCAGAUCUCUUGCGCUAUGAGCUGCUCGAGCGCACGUGCCUCGAUAAAGUGAGAGUCACGGCGCUGUUCGGCAAGCAGAAGGAUGUUUCGGCCGCUUUGGUCGACAUGCAGGCGUUGUGCUCAAAUGAGACAGCGGCGUGGCUCUCAGGUUCUGUGGAAGGGGUUUACUGUGUGAAGGUUGCAGCCGACGGAGAGAAGAACACCGAGAAGGACGACUCUGGUGCUGAUUUGGUUCUCUUCUCGUGGAUUCGCGACGAGUUGUUCAAGCCUCACAUGCUUCGAGACACACCCGCGUUUGUGUUGCGGUUUCUAACCGUUCUAAGUCCAGAGAUUGUUUGCUGCGUGUCCAAGGAGGAUUUAGAGCUGCUGAAAGCCGCAGUGGUUGAAUCCGAAGAGCAGCACGACGACAAGCUGUCACUGUAUUCGGUGUCUUUCACUAUCGAGAAGCAGGAGGAUGAACAUGACGGCACGGAGUGCUUGUCGUUUGCAGCAUGGCUGAAGGCGGAGUCGGAGGUCUACCGGAUCGAUUUGAGUGGGACUAUUGGCCGUUCACCCAAGCUCUGUGAAAGCAUUCUUCGUGAAUUUGAUUUGUGGCCGGAGGAGCAAGUGUCGAGUUGCCGUGCCUUGCACGAAAAGAAGCAGAUGGAGGAAAGAGAACGAUCUCGUCGGCGCUUAAGAGGUGAUAUUGCAGAGCAACGCACAAUUGUGGAUAGCUCACGCGAGCUACUUUUGCAGCUCUGUAAGGCCAACUCACCAGCAGCAUUGUCGCGCUAUGAAGCUGCAGCUGACAAAUAUGCAACUUUUUGUUCGUGGGUCAAAGCAAACGGCAUCUGGAAGCUUGAUCGCAAGUCCAAAUUGGCGCUCGAAAUCCCCAACCGUCUGCAAGAUAUUGAGGCAACACUGCUCGAAUUGCACACGCAAAACCAAGACGCCGACCUCGCCAAAUUGUUGAGUUUAUGCGCAACCUCCCCCAAAGCGAACCUUUUGCUUGCCAUUGAGAAGCAGAAGAGGUCAAGUUGUAGCUCCACCAGCUGGGGUGCUAGCGACUCGCACCUGUGGACGUCAUUCCUGGCGAAAACGGCGGAGGUAUUGGUCGAGCUGCAGGUGAAGUGGUGGACUGCCGUCGAAAAUGGACUGGAAGCGGUGCAGUUGGCCGGUCUUGAAGCUUUGAACCGCGAGCAGAAGCAAAGUGCGUCUGAUUUUGACAGUAGCACUAAAGAGAUCGUACGACAGCAAUUCGAUGGUCUCCGUGAAAAGCUCCUGGAAAAAAGUGGAUUGCUGUUGAAAGUGCCCUCGCUUUGCGACUUCAAUUAUCAGAGUCGAAGCAUGGUCUUCCUGUCGGCAGAUUCAGUCGGGAUCUACAAAUUCGACGAGACAUUCAAGCGAAUGGACUACGUGAAAGUUGUUGAUUUGGGUGUGCACUCGACGUUGACGGCUCCAUUCAACGAUAUGCUCCUCCUGGGCAAAACAGUUUACGUAACAGACUCAAGUGGCAGCCUACAAGGUGUCGACAUCAAUUGUGACCAAACUUCGAUUACCGGAGCAGUACCCAGUGAUACUGAUACUUCGCGCAGCCGUCUUAUGGGGUUCUCGGAUGAUCUUGCUAUCGGGGCUGUUUUGGUCACAGCGUGCGCGGAUGGAUCUUUUGAGGGAAAACUGUCGUGCGUUGCUCUUGAUGCCUAUCGCCAGCUACCUGUUGCGCCACUAGGAGACACUUUUCUGACGAACGAAGUGCAAGCAGAGAGUGUGAACGGACAUGUUUUUGUUUUCGAUCCAUUAGCAAGAAAGCUGCACGCAUUUUCCGUUGACGUGACUGUCCGUAGCGAUUCCUACAGCAUGCGGCAGUUCGAUGACGAUGACGACACCAAGGCUUCUGGAAAGGAUGCUAGCGGCGAGAAGUGUCUGCGCAAGGAGCACUGGAUGUACACGUUUUAUCACGUUUUCGAGAAGUUCCCAGUGAUUGGGCUGCUGGAAGAUGGAUCCCCGCCACCUCUUUCUGUUCUUGUGUGUUGCCAGUCCUGUGACGACGUCAAUGGUGCUCUAGAAGAUUGUCACAAUUUUCUGUCACUGUUGAUGAGCGACUUGAUGGCUGUCAACAAACCGUUGCGAGGGCUGGAUCUUACGAGAGGGCUUGGCAUGCGGUGUACCCCUUUACUGGGUCUGAAUAUGAGUGAAAAAUCCAUGGUGGCAUUCCUCCAGACGCUCGUUACUUUUCUUCCUAUUCAAAUCUGUCGCGCUGAGGCAAACGCGCUGACAGUGCUACGAGAUGGAUUGGACCCAUCUUUCGAUGUAGCCGAAGUGGAGCAGGAGUCAGCGGAUAUUGCUGAAUCAACUCGAUUUGGGCUUUUGUCGCCACUUUUGUCGGCGUGGGAAGGUCGCGUCGUCGUCAUCACGUCCAUGGGAAAGCAGUCGACCGGGAAAAGCUACUUCCUCAAUCACUUAACGGGGUCCUCGUUUGCCAUCGCUGGAAAUCGUUGCACUGACGGUGCGUGGAUGACACUACGCAUCAUGAAAGAUGUUUUGCUUGUCGUUCUGGAUUUCGAAGGUCUGGGGUCCUUCGAGCGAACAGAUCAAGAAGAUGUUUUUCUUGCGGUGCUGAAUGCGUCGCUGUCGAUGUUCACGAUAUUCCGGAUGGAAAUGCGGCUUGACAAAGAAAUUGACAAGCUUUUCACCAAGUUUCAAAAGGGAAUGGAUCUACUCAAGCAAGACAAGCGACUGUUCCGAGGAAUAUUCUACAUGAGUGUGAAGGACAUUAACCCGAAUGAUGGCCGAGAUGUCCUCUCGGAGUUUACGGGGAAAAUCAGGAACCUGCUCAAAGCCACGUCGGGGCAAAACUUCCUAACGAACAUGUAUUCGGGUAAAGUGAGUAUUAAUUGCUCCCCUCCGUUAGGGACUCCUGGCUACUACGAGUCGCUACUUCACGCGAAGAAGUUGGUCAAGAAAGUUAUUACGCAGCAGGGCGAAUCGGAGCAUGGGUUUCGAAGCGGAAGAGCCUUCCACGACUUUAUCCGACUGGUAUUGGCCAAAAUCUCGAUCCUGGAUUGGACCACUGUUGAAGAAACCGCGCAACAACUUCAGAUGAAGGAGCUUCACCGAAAUCUGCCUGGUAUCAUUCGCACAGGAAUUCUGCCGGAUUCAAAGAACGAGCGUGCUGCUGGAAUGCUUUCUUUCGAAGAUCUAUGCCAUGACUACCACGAGUGUGCUGAAUCUUGGAAGCGUUUGAACCUCCAGUUCUCACUAGCAGCGAUUGACGAGAAUUUAGAUUUUGGACCAUCAGUCUGCGCUGAAACAGCGGACACAGGGUCUAUCUACGAUGCCAUCACGAUGCUGUUUCAACACUAUUUGGAGCUGAUAUUGAAGGGAGCAGAAGAAAAAAUCACCACGGCAGACUACACCAAUUUCGACGCCAUGCUGUCUUUUUUGGUUUGCCGUCGUAAAUCGAAGGCUGUUGUCUGGGUGAAGGAAUUCCUGGGACCUGAGCGAUUUGCGGAUGAUUGGGAUAACAUCGAGCGAGCUCGACUUCUCCCGUUCGAGACGCGUUUUAAGAGGUGUGGUCAUGGGUGCGCGCAGUGCCAACUCCAGUGUAUGCGCCCAGCUUGCCACUCCCCAGGUGAGGAGAAGCACAACUGUGGCAUGACUCAUGUGUGCCGCAGCUAUUGUGAGUACUGUGUGCAGAGCUACCAGCACCGUGAACAGGUUCCUCGCUGUACCGGUAAGGCUGGCCACGAAGGAACGUGCGACUGCGGAAAGGGAGACCACACUUGCGGGUUUGUAUGCAGUCUCGCGGAUGCUUCGAACUGCGAAAUUGUUUGCGUGCAGAUGGCGGGGCAUGACGGAAAUCAUCGCUGCUCCGUCAAGCAGCACAUUUGCGGUAUUUUGUGCAGUGCGCCAAAUUGUGAAGGGGUGUGCGUGUUGAACGGAGAGCGGCUUCACACUGUGCACAAGUGUGUGGAGACGCAGUGCGCCUAUGCGUGCGAGAUGGAAAGCUGUGAGGAGCGUUGCGAUUCCGCAAACCAUUUUCAUGGAAAUCCUGGAUUAAGUGCAACACUUGCCCAAGAACAAGGAGGCUUGCUUGGGUAUUACUCGGGCAGCAGUGAAAAUGCGCGGCAUAUGUGUGCUUCAAGCCACGUAUGCAGUAAAGUUUGUGAGGCGAAUGGCAUAUGCAGCAAAAGCGUCCGAGUCUCCACGCGUCAGUUCAGCGGUUCGUUCGACAAUUUCGAGUAUGGAUCGAAGCGGAUGGUUGGAACACGCAACCAGUGCGCCAUCGUAUUGGAGCCCGGACAAACAAGCCACGGCGGUAUGCACUCGUGUGCCAAGAGGUUGUGGGGUGGGAGGGUAGCCCCUCAUGGAUGCGACGCGAGAUGCGUGGCCUGUGAGUAUUACUGCGCCAAACCGUUCGGACACCACGGACUGCACUCUGCUGCACACGGCAACAUGCGCAAGAUGCACUUUGUUGCUAAGCAGAGCACCAUCAGCUGGGAUAACCGCAAGUACGCCGCAGGCGAGAAGGGUAGCGCCGAAAUGUGCAGUUUGUACUGCUCUACAGCCGGACGAGGACACGUCCACUACCUCAAGUGCUACCAGAGUGCUGAUGCGUGUGUCUACUCGGCUUUGGGGGAUCACCGACGCCACUGCGAAACUGCGUUGAUUCCAGCCCCAGACCACGAGGUUGAUGAAGUGUUGCAUGCUGAGUACUGGAGAACGAUCGGGUGGGAAGACCCUUGUUCGUCCCCUGCAGAGCGCGCGCUGUUCACUAAGUGUCCGUACUUAUGCAAUGCACCGGACCACAAAGGACGUGAGAAAGAACCUUCCGGCUGUGAUCUCCCUGUCUGGCAUCUACCUGCUGCAUCCGUUCCCUUCCUGGAGCGAGAUGGUGUCACGUACAUCAACGGCCAUCGUUUUACGUGCUCGCAUGCCGCCUCCGCUCGUAUAUUGCACCACGUUUUCGUCUUGGACUGCUCGGGGUCGAUGAAAGGCGGUCCGUGGCAAGCGUUGGUGAAAGGAGUCCGGGACUAUUUGCGAGGUCGGAUGUCGUGCGGCUGUCGUCAAGAUAUCGUCUCGGUAAUUACCUUUGGGGAUAAGGGCACUCUCGAGUAUGAAAAAGUCAAGAUUGAGCAGGCUGCAACGCGAUGCGUGAACUUCCGUGGUGGGGGGACGUACUAUGAGAAGGGCUUGAAACAAGCGAACGCCGUGCUCUCACGGAAUCCGAUGAAAAAGUACCAGCCUGUACUCAUCUUCUUCACGGACGGUCGACCUGCUGACCGUAAGCAAGGGCUGAAGCUAGCGACGAGCAUGCGGCAGCAAUACGCGGUGUCGGGCUUGCGAGCUUUUGUGGUUGGGUAUGGACGUGUCAGCGAUCUGGGCGUCACAGAUCUCGCCGAGCACCUUGGCGGGACAGUGCACGAAGCCAUUUCAAUUGACGAUCUCUGGGACACGUUCCGCUCGAUCUCCAUGUCACUUGGGGCCCGUGCAGGGCUCAUUUCCAGCACC